UGAGAGCCAACCAGAGCGACUCGCGUCGCAGUGUCACCGUUGACCUGUGCACACACACAGCCAUGGCGCUGCUCUGCAGAUCCACAGGGUUACUGCUCAAACACAGUAAACUGCUACCUUCUGCAUUCGCGGCAACAAGGCAAUGCAGUUCAGGAGGCCAGUAUCAGUACAUACUAGUUGACAAAAAGGGUGAAAAGAAGAAUGUUGGUUUCAUCCAACUGAACAGACCAAAGGCCCUGAAUGCUCUUUGUGACGGACUUAUGAUGGAGGUGGGCAAAGCCCUUGAUGCAUUUGAAGCUGAUAGCGAAGUGGGAGCAAUUGUCGUCACAGGAAGUGAAAAAGCCUUUGCAGCUGGAGCUGAUAUUAAAGAGAUGCAGAAUCGAACCUUUCAAGAGUGCUAUGGUGGAAACUUCUUGGCACAUUGGAAUAGGGUAUCAACGGUCAAAAAGCCUGUUAUUGCUGCAGUCAAUGGGUUUGCGCUUGGUGGAGGAUGUGAGUUUGCCAUGAUGUGUGACAUAAUCUAUGCUGGGGAGAAAGCACAGUUUGGACAGCCAGAAAUCCUGCUUGGGACCAUUCCUGGUGCUGGUGGCACUCAGAGGCUUACAAGAGCAGUGGGGAAAUCCCUUGCAAUGGAGAUGGUUCUCACAGGAGACAGAAUCUCAGCGCAGGAGGCAAAACAGUCUGGUCUGGUAAGUAAAGUGUUUCCUGUGGAUCAGCUGGUUUCAGAAGCGAUCAGAUGUGGAGAGAAAAUAGCUGGCAAUUCCAAACUUGUCUCUGCGAUGGCAAAAGAAGCUCUUAACGCAGCAUUUGAACUGACUUUAGCUGAGGGCAAUCGACUUGAGAAAAGAUUGUUCCAUGCAACCUUUGCAACGGAGGACAGAAAGGAGGGCAUGACUGCUUUCGUUGAGAAGCGAAAGGCUGCUUUCCAGGACAAUUAAAAUUCCAGUGGAAAAUACUGAAGUGUUUAGUUUGUGAUCAGAUGCUAUUAUUAUAGUACUCUACUUUGCCUUCAUUUACUUAAGUGUUUCUGAAAAACAUCAAGAUCUAUACCUCUGUGUUGACAGACUUGCAUGUAGUACAGUGAGCUUACAUUUAGUUUCAUUUAUAAAUUACCCACUUCUAAUC